GCUUUGGCUAUGCUCUUCUAUAUCACAAAUCGUUUGUUUACUUUUUAAAUGACCAAGCUUUCAUUUGUAAGACGCAUGUCAUUAUAUAUAGUGUAUAAUACCUUUGUGACAACAAUGUUGAAGUUUUAUUCAUUACAAUACUUACUUUCAAAGCCUUGUUUAUUAAUCGGAUGGGAUUUUAAAUAGUGGACACAUGAUUGUUGAAAUAAGAUAGCAUUUUACGUAAAUAUUUAAAACCUUAUGUCCAAUAACGUUUACUUAGAACAUUCAACAUAACUUUUACAUUGUUAGUUUUGAAAUAACACAUUAAAGAUUAACUAACUCCAAGCCGAAGUUUGAAAAAUGAAGAUGCAAAAUAGUGGAUAUAUAGCAAUUAUGAUACUGAUAGUAUCGUUUUUAAGAGAAAGUUACUCGGUAUCAUACACGAAUUUUGAUGCGUUCUUCAAAAAUAUUACCGGUGGAAAAAAUAUAAAUUUGCGACCAGUCCUUGACCAUAAAUCGAAAGUGAAUAUAUAUAUGUUUUUUCAUUUAAUAUAUAUCCAAGAAUUCAAUGAAGUUGAAGGAAAACUAAGUUUAACUGGAUACUUUAGCAUAAGCUGGGUUGAUCAAACUAUAUCUUGGAAUAGCACAGAAAACGAAAUUGACAUAGUUACUCUCGAAGAACAUAUAAUUUGGAAACCAUCUUUUAUUAUUGGAAAUUCAUAUGACGGUGUAAAAUUUAUUCAUAAAGACGAUACUGUUAUGAGAGUACAAAGCAAUGGUUUUGUCACGUGGACCCCUGGAGAUAACUAUGAAGUUGUCUGUAAUGCAGAUGUUUCGAGGUAUCCAUUCGAUGCGCAGAUUUGUAAACUUCAGAUGUUACCAUGGGGAUAUACCAGUGAGGAAAUCGAUGUGAUACCGAUUUACGAUUCUGUUGUGCAGUGGUGGUACACUCAACAAAAAACAUGGGAAUUAAUUGAAUCAAGUGUUGCAAAAAAUGAGGACCUUCAACUCCUAGAAUUUUCAUUGACACUGAAACGCAAUCCCAUGUUUUUCGUUCUGAAUCUUAUUCUCCCAAUUUGUGUGAUGAUUAUUUUAAACAUUUUUGUGUUUUUACUUCCACCAGAAAGCGGAGAAAGAGUUGGAUAUGCUGUAACUGUUCUCCUGGCAAUCGCAGUCUUCUUGACAAUUUCAUCGGACAAUCUACCUGCAACUUCAAGUCCACGAAUAUCUUCCAUAUCUCUUCUUUUAUUUGCUGAUGUUGUCAUUAGUGCGGUUAUUGUACUGAUGGUCAUCCUUAGCUUACGUUAUUAUCAUCGAGAGGAUAAUUAUCCGGUGUCUUCAUUCAUGCGGGGAUUUGUAAAUGUUUCACGAAUACUACGCUGUCAAGUGUGUUGUUGUAUGAGAAAAAAAGAAAAGUGUAAUGGCAAGGGAAACGAAAAGAAAAUUAAAUGGACCGAUGUCGGAAAGGAGAUUGAUAUUGUAUGUGGUAUAUUUAUUAUUGUGGUAAUUUUUGUUGUCAAUGCUUUGUAUAUCAUAGAUGUCACCGUUGGACUUCCCGGAUUGGAUUAAUGAGAUGUCGUUUGUUAUAUGACUUUUAUACUAGCAUAUCCUCCAAAAAAACGUGAACUAUACUCGAUGCACUUAAUUAUAAUAUAAGUGAUAUCAAAUAGGUUAGUCAUCUGUUGCGAGCGACAUAAGUCACAAGUUGAUAAUCGUUUUCAAAUCAAUAACUCAUAUAAAUUCUCUAGCUUUACUUUCAACUUAAACGACUGCCUGUUUUACGUUUUGACAAUAAA